GCUCCACUAGCUCCCACAGGCUUAAAAUGUUACAUUUGCUCCGAGAAUUGUUCCACAACUCAGACUCCAGGUAAUGGCUGCAGACCCGGCCGUAGCUGUUACUCCGUACAUGCUUUUGAUACCGCCCUGAACAAGUCUGUGACAAGAAAAGGAUGUAUUCCUGAAUUCUUCUGCGCUCAGAACCGAGCAUGCGUGUUUUUGAACCAAUCUCGAUCUGGUGCAUUGAGAUCGUGUUCUAUCAGUUGCUGCAGUACUCCGUUAUGUAAUGGUCCACCUCUUCCGACGACUCAACCCAUAACGACCACAGCACCACCACCGACGACACUCCCGACGACAGUUCCGACAACUGUGCCGACCACAGCACCAACUACAGCCCCAAUUCUACCUGGUAAUUAUGAAACUAAUCACCGGUUGAAAAUUUUGUUUGCUGUAAAUUAUAAGAUAUCGGAUGAGCAUUUCUUGGCAGUUACAUUGGCUUGUAUUACAGUAACACUCCAAGUCGGAAAGGUUAAAUGUUGAUGCCCAAACCUUUUUUGUAGGUCGUAUGGAUUUCCGAAUAUUCCUUCACAAUUCGUCCGUUUUGGGACUAUUCAGUUAAAAUUCAAUAUCGCAAAUUUAUUAAUCAAAAGAGGAGGAUCACGGAUCAGUUAUAAAAGAGGCAUUAAAACAACCCUUUAUAGAAACAUUGCCGAAAAUUCGAAAUUAUGGAUACAGCAUAAAAUUCCUUAACUAUCAAACACGCCACACAAAUCUAAAUGAUUCUCUAGCCAUCGAACUGAGUGCAUGAUAAACAAACUUUUGUUUUGAUAUUGUUUUUCUUUUAUUGCACGACAAUAUUUUUAAGAUAUUGGAGAUUAUUUAUUUCUGUUUUUCAGGGGUAUGCGGAGGUCCACUUGCUCCUCCAUCUGGAUACUUUUCCUCUCCAUUUUAUCCACGCAGUUACCCCAACAAUGCUAAUUGCGUUUGGACGAUUAUGGUUCCACGCGGGUCUGUUUUAAAGAUAGAUUUUCUCGCCUUCGACACCGAAGAAUGGUGAGUGAAUAGAUUUUUCUCGUUUUAUUGCUUGAAACUCAAUAUAUUUAGCCCUCUUUCAUUUUCGUUAAAUGUUUUCGGGGACCUUCUUGGCAUAUCCUAAAUUCUCUAACAGACUAGCCUUAGCGUAAAUGGAUAAGCAUAGAAUUAGAGUAAAGAAAUCCAAGGGGAAACGAUCGUCGCCAAAAAAGUUUAACUGUGGGGAUUUCAGAAAAUUGAAAUUAACUUUCAGGGAGGGGGGGAGGGAGAGGAAUAAGAAAAUUACAGUACCUUGUUUCGGACAUCAAAAUAAAUUCUGUUGUGACACAACCCAAAUCCUCUGACACCACGACCGCCCGGGUGAUGAAUAAUGACCGGUACCUAAAUGGAAUGAGAUAACUGAAGGACUUGGGUGCUCUAAAACCAUUUUUAUUUCAUGUUAUCUAAUAGAGCCAUUCACAGACUGUUGCAUCAUCUUCACAGUAUGGUCUAUUUUUUUCUACAGCUUUGAUUCCCUUCAUAUAUAUGUGGGUAGAAGGUUGGUUCAUCGUCUUUCCGGGGACGACGCUGACGAUGAUGAUGAUGAUGAUGAUAGAUUUGAGAAAUGUGAGAAGGAUGAUAAAGAUGACGGUGAUGACGGAGAAGGUAUAUUUGGCUGGUACUUCAACCGAGAUGAGGAGCUUGAAGAUGAAUCUGUCACUAUUCAGGGAACAGGAGAGAUGAUAAGACUCGUUUUUGUGUCAGAUUACAGCAUUACCAAGAGAGGAUUCUAUGCUAAAUAUAGUGUAAUGAAAGGUAAUUUCAUGUGGCGUAAAUAAAGAUUAAGCCUUCUAGAUAAAUGGUAAGAGUCUGAGUAGCACUUCGAACGGUAUUUGAGGAACUUGCGUUAAAUUUUGGACACCAUCACAGAUCAAACUGUUUUUUGAAGCAAUCCUCAAUGAACCGUAAUUCAUCAGCACCCACCGAGGGGUUGGAUGCGAUAUUGCUAGGUUCAUUAUGUUUCGAGAUUUUUAUUUAAGCGAAGAUUUCACAUCAAACAGGUAGAAAAAAAAUAUUGUAUUGUGUUUAGGAAAGUAAAUAUACACUGCAUAUUGUUAGGACUAUUAUCUUUUAGGUUUAACGGAGAUUUGAUAUUAUUGAAAGACCAUAUGCAUUGUUUUAUCCCUUGUCUGUAACUUCUGAGGGUGGAUGUGCUGUUGGCACGAGACUUGAACAUGUCCGUACGUUUCGGAAUAUUGACACAUGCCAUCGACUGAAGCACUAACACUGACAUCAUAUCCUUGUGAAUUACAAAAUGAAUUUCAAAUUUCUUAAACUCUAUGUUUAAACCAAUGUUGAAAAUUAUGACCAGUUAUCACUAUCACCGUGGCCACUUAUCGCUAAUCAUUUAGAAAAAAUUCAACAUUUUGUUUUUCCUUCGCAUUAGCGAUUUGUGGAGGCCCAUUGGCGUUGCCAUCCGGAACCUUCAGAUCCCCUGGCUACCCUGGCAAGUAUCCGGACGACGUUAAAUGCAUCUGGACAAUUAGAGUUCCACCAGGAUCUACACUGGAAUUGGAUUUUCGAUUCUUCAAAACUGAAAAAUGGUAAACAUUAGUGCUCUAGCCUUGUUAGAGUGCCUCCCCCGUGUCGUGAGACCAAAAAAGAAAAAGAGGAAAAUAUAAAAAAAAAAUAAGAGCAGUAAACGCGCAUGAAAAAGACAUGUUUGGUUUUAGAGAUGCAUUAGAGAGAGUGGCGUUAAUUUUCUGAAUGAAUCAUUAGGCGAAGUUCAUUAUAAUCGUUCUCUCUUGGAUUGUUUGGGCUGUCAAUUGGAUUCUCGGACUGUUAGCGACAAUCGGCUGAGUUUCGAGAAUUUAAAAAAUUUAGAACCAAGUUGCUACUUCAUUUAGAGCCGAACAAAAGUUUUUUUUGUUGUUUUUUUGUUUCACAGCGAUGAUUACCUCAAAAUUUUUCAAGGGGGCCGCAAAAUACGAAAACUAAGUGGUGUUUACAGAUACAGCUUGUUUGGAUGGGGGAAUAAUGAUGACGACGAUUGUGACGAUGAUGACAAGGAUGGCGAAGAUGGCGAAGAAGGUGAAGAUGAUGAAUAUGUUGGUGAAGAUCGUUCCAAAAGGUUCGUCUUCCCACUACAGAGGUUUCCCUCUCCAGUAGGGAAUCGUCUUGGUUUUCCAACGAGAGGCCGCAUUGGCGCCCCAUAUGUUACACGAGUCCUUAUUCCAGGAACGGGAGAGCUGAUAUCGAUUGUCUUCAAAUCCGAUGACGACGAUGUAACUGAAAAGGGUUUUGAAGCAAUGUACCGUGUUAGACCAGGUGUGUUAAUG